UACUUGCUCUCAACUUCGCAUUCAAACAGGCGCAAAUGGCCGCGUCACCUCUCCUCCGCGGCGGCGGCGCCGCCGGCGCCGUAGUCCGUGGCCGCGGCCACGUCAGCCUGUCCCUCCUGGCGGACCGCUGCUCCACCCUCCGCGGCCUCACCGUCGUCCACGCGGCCAUGCUCGUCUCCGGCCGCAUCGCCAACGACGCCUUCGCGGCUUCCCGCCUCCUGGACGCCUACGCCUCGCUCUCCCCUCCGGCCGCCGUGCUCUGUCUCCUCUCCUCCCUCCCUUACGCCCCCAACUCAUUCAUGCUCAACACCUCCCUCCGCGCCCUCGCCUCCUCCCCCGACCCCGCCUCCGCCCUCGCCUUCUUCUCCCACCUCCGCCACUCCGCCGGCUCCCCCUACUCCCCCGGCAGGCACACCUUCCCCUUCCUCCUCAAGGCCUCCGCUCGCCUCGCUCUUCCUGUCUCCACGCAGAUCCACGCGCUCGUCGUCAAGCACGGGCUCGACCGUGACACCUACGUUGCCAACGGCCUUGUCCGCGCGUACUCGGUGGCUGGACUCAUUGGUGUCGCGCGGAAGGUGUUUGAUGAAUUGCCCGAGCGAAGCGUGGUGGUGUAUACCACCAUGGUCUCUGGCUAUGCGCAGAAUGGGCGGUACCAGGACGCCAUGGGAGCCUUUGAUGAGAUGCUCAAUGAGGGGUUCGAGCCUGGUGCAGUGGUGCUUGCAUCGGUGCUGUCGGCCUGCGCACGGUCAGAGUCUGGUGGGCUCGUGAUGGGGCGGCGUGUGCAUGAUAUCAUGGAGAGGAGGGGGAUGGCGGCACCUGUGGGGGUGAUCCUUGGCACAGCAUUAGUCGACAUGUAUGGAAAGAAUGGGGCGAUCGAGGAGGCUGUAGCGGUGUUUAAGGGGAUGCCGGAGCGGCAUACAGCUACGUGGAGCGCCCUGAUCUCAGCGUUGGCGCACCAUGGGCAUGGCAAGGAUGCGCUGGCGAUGUUCGAGCAGAUGCGCCAGGAGGGUGUGCCGCCGAAUGCAAUCACACUUGUCGGGGUUCUGUCAGCAUACUGCCACACAGGGCUGCUCGACGAGGCCCGCAGAGUGUUCGCAUCUAUGGAGGACUUUGGGGUGACUCCGAGCAUCCAACACUAUGGGUGCAUGGUUGACCUCCUCGGCCGGAGUGGACUUCUAUUGGAGGCAGAAGAGAUGAUACGUGGGAUGACAUGCAAGGCUGAUACUAUGAUCUGGGGGGCUUUGCUUACAGCCUGCAAGAGCCACGGCGACAUUGAUAUCGCGGAACGGGCUGUGCAAGAGAUGCUGAAACUGGACCCCAACAACCAUGGCGUGUAUGUGGUGCUGUCCAACAUAUAUGCAGAUGCUGGGAGGUGGCAGGACGUGGAUAAACUUAGGAAAGUGAUGAAGGAUGCACGGUUGUCAAAGAUCCCCGGGUCGAGCGCUGUUGCUGGCUGCAGUGCCGGCUGACUAUGGCAGUGACGGAAGACGUGUUGGCUUCAUUGCAGCUCAGUGCUGAUCAGGAAGUUGCUUGCUGUUCAUGAACAGAUUGACUGCCAGUAUUUUAUCAACAUCGUGAACUCAACCAACUUUUGCAUCAGGGGGCUAGCAAUACUAAUUCUUUUUGGUGAGAUACAGACGAGUUGUUCACCAUUGGGACCAAAUUCAGCAUUACAGCAGCAAGCCAUCGCCUCAUGCCACGAAAAAUGGAACAGUCCAUUAGAGAAUCCCAUAGAACUGCUUUUAUUGCAAAUAAGACCAUCACGCUGUUUUUUUUCCCACUUCACUCCUGUCAAGCAUAUCACUGUCUUGGCGGAAGACGGCAAACCAGAUGAAUGCAUAUCAUUCUAGAAUCGAGAGCGACCAGUGAGCUUUUCAAUAUGGUCAUUGGUUGACAAUGAGCUAUUUAACUAAAGUGGAAACAUUUCCAUUUUUUCACAAGAUGAUGUAAGUCUGCACCAUGACAGAUACUUUGGCAUUGUGCCGUAUGAAAAACAUGCUUCUUCCAUCCGGAACAUGUGUGGUUAUAUUCAGAUCAUCGCUGCUAUUCAUAUGCCUGUGUUGAAUGGUGUACUUACACUCCUCCCCAAAGAUGCCCCUGACAACAGGUAUGCGCAUAUCAUUGUCCCAGUAGGCUGGAGAUCACAGUAUACCUGCUCAGCUAAAGGUCCACAGGAUCUUUCUCUUUGUGAUGUGCAUCAGCUAGAUAACGUUGUACUUCUCUAACCCUCUUAACCUCCUGUUGCAGGACCUUGCGUUUGUAUCUGCAGACGAAGUGCACCGGUUUUUUCACCCUGCCAGGUGACAAAGUAUCUAUGGAAACCAACGAUGUGCUGUUGUCUCUCACCCUGCCAGCUAACAAAAGGUUGGUGCUGUGGAAACAUUUCCAGCUCUCCACAAGCUGAUUCAAGUCUGCACCAUGACAGAUACUUUGGCACUGCACCAAAGGAAAACAUGCUUCUUCCAUCUAGAUCCUGGGUGGUUAUGUUCAGAUCAACGCUGCUAUUCAUAUGCUCGUCUUGAAUGGUAUAUUUACACUCUUUUCCAAGAUGCCCUCGACAACAGGCAUGCGUAGAUCAUUGUUCCAGUUGGUUGGAGAUCACAGUGGACCUGUUCAAGUAACCAGCCGCCCACAGAAUUUUUCUCUUUGUGAUGUUCAUCAACAAAUAAUACUGUACCAAAGAAGUUCCACGGUUUGCCACCCUGCCGGCUGACAAAGUAUCUAUUUAAACAAAAGAAGUGCCGUCGCCUCUCACCCUGCCAGCUAAGAAAAGGAUGCCUGCGUGAUUGAGGAGAGCCCAAACAUGAGCAAGGAAUUCUCCUCCUUGCGCAAGCCAUUCGAUGUGCACCUUGACACUGUCUGAUGCCACGAUAUGGAUGAUGGUCUCGGCCCAGAAUUCGGCCAUCACCUUCCAGCGGAUAAACAUCAUCUUCUAUCUUCUCCAGCUCUUUCCCCAGCUUCAAGCCUUUAACGAAGAUGGUAUCUAAAAUGCUAUUAUUGGUGGAAGUGGAACUGAGGAUUUGUAUCCCCGGGGCUGUUGCUGCUUAAUAUGCGAAUUGUGGUAUCGUCAUCGUUGUUGCUUCUGGAACCAUGGAGGACAGUAUCUUCAUUGUUGCUGCUUUUGGAAACAUUGACGACCUAGAGCAAUCUAUCCCUACUCGGCUUCCACCUACAAAGCAUCUGUCUUAGUUCCAGUUGCAGGCAACUGAAGUGAAACAGUGUGUCCGUAGAGUUCCCAGGAAGCAAAUAUGGGAGGAAGGACAUCAAAUGUGCACAAUAUCUGGAUAAAAGUGACCGCAACUUGCUGGUAGUUAUCUGUGUGGAGCUUCCAAAGACUCAGUGUUGCAGUAUUCGAGGCCCCAUUGCCCUGACUGGCUUCAUUGCUAGCCUUGCCUCGCCCGACUCCCCUGGCAUCCUUUUCUCGCCGCCACCACCGCUAUCACCGGCGGCCUCGAAGCCAUCUGCCACGGAGAAGCUGGCAAGAUGCAGUGGUCACUGCCAAGCCCACUGCAGGUCUACUGACGAUGGACAUGGUCAAGCUUGUCUUGCUGAAGAAAUCUUGUGAACCCAUCGAUGAAUCGACCGCCACCUCUGCUGCCCUGAAGAAGUAUGGAGAUUUGUACCAGCAGCCGGUCACGGCCUUGAUGGACGCCGCCAACCCUGCUCGCAAGAUGGGGAAGAAAGCUGAUGUGACUGCGUCUUGAACCAAGGGUCCCCAUCGGUGAACGACCUACCCAUGAAGAUCAAGGAUGAGGCUGCCCUUUGGGCUGGUGCCGGUGCGUUAGGACUUAGAGCCAUCACCCCCCAAACGUGGGAUGUCCACUGAUUUGCUCACGAACAUUGUAACUGCCUCCUAGGAGGAUUGGAAGAAGCUCUGCUUGGGGAGGCUCUGGCAGUGGCUUGAUCGGCUGCCUCUGCUAGUCUCCAGCGCCCCCACUGUUACCAAUGUUAGAUCUUCCACUUCGUUAUCAGCUGCCCUCUGUUGGUUCCUGUCUCUGUUCUGCGUCACCCCUGUUCCUUGCUUAGUGCUGCUGCACCUCUGUAUGCUGUGUUUGUGUCUUCAGAAUUCAGAUUCUGGUGUCUGUUCACUACUGUUUGCAAUGCCGGCUAUCCCUUGGGCUGUUUGUUUGCCAUUCGCGAAGACUGUUGUCCAACCGCUUUGCAACGCCCCCACCGCGAUGAUCCCUGCAAUGUAUAUACAACUUAUUAAUUGGAACGUCAGAGGGUUAAACAACCUGGCUAGAAGGAGAGCGAUUCAAAAUUUUAUUGCUGACCACAACUGCAACUUGGUCUGCCUCCAGGAGACUAAGUUGGCUGACCUCUCCCCUGCUCCGGUCACUGAGAUCCCUGCCAGCAAGUUCUCUGCCAAUGUCAUUUUCAAACCGGCUAUUGGCACCCGAGGGGGCAUCUUGGUGGCUUGCCCUGAUGAUUUUGCUAUUGUUCAUCUGCAGUAUCACCUGAUUCCUGCUUCCACAACAAUCUCUGGCCAUCGACCCAUUAUUCUCAAGAAGAUGCACAUUGGGCAUUACAGGGGAUUCAGAUUUGAGGCCUACUGGGCAAGUCUUAAUGGUUUCAAAGAUGUGGUCCAAAAGGCUUGGUGCAAGCCUGUUUUUUCAACUGGCGCUGUCAAGAAUCUGCAUAUCAAGCUAUGUAGGACCGCAAGAGUACUGAAGCAAUGGAGUAACAGUCAUGGACGAGAGCAGAGAUUUAAGGAGAAGCUUGCAACAGAGGUGAUUUUCCAAUUGCAUCUUGCUCAGGAGGACAGGGAGUUGACUCAUGUUGAAAGAGAUUUCACACCACCCUAAAAAACAGAUUGCUUGGGUUUGCAGCAAUUGACAGAGCUCGUUGGAGACAAAGAUCAAGGGUUACCUGGAUCAAAUCUGGUGAUGCUAAUACCAGGUUAUUCCACUUAAGGGCAAAUGGGUGAAGGAGAAAAAAAUCACAUGCCAGUGCUCUCCAAUGACCAUAGAAUUCAGGUCAAUGACCACCCUGAGAAAGCUCAAAUUCUUCUGAUCCAUUUUAACUCUCUCCUGGGUGAACCUACUCCAAGUGUGUUGGGCCUCAAUCUGGACUCUCUACAACCUCUCACUGCUAAUCUGUUGCACCUAAUGAGUUCUCCAUGGAUGAACUUAAGUUACCAUUUUUGCUUUGCCCACUGAGAAAGCUCCUGGACCUGAUGGCUGCAUUGGUUUUUUUAUUUGUAAGAUCUAGUGUACUAUUGUCGGCAUGGAUCUGUUGAAUGCUAUUAACCAGUUGAGAUUGCUCCAAGGUGAUCAUUGGCACUUAUUAAACUCCGCAAACAUUGCCCUCAUCCCAAAGAAGGGGGCAUUUGUCUCUGCUGCUGAUUACAGCCCAUAAGCCGCAUGCAUAGUGUGGCUAAGAUCCUAGGGAAGAUAAUUGCUACCAGGCCUGCUCUUGCCUUGCAAUCUCUAGUGUCAAGCUGUCAAAGCGCAUUUAUCAAGAAGAGAUCUAUUCAAGACAACUUCCUGUUUUGUUAGAAACAUUGUAAAGGAAGCCCACUGCAAGAAGAAACCCCUGCCAUUCCUCAAACUCGUCUUUGCCAAGGCUUUUGACAACGUUCAUUGAGAUUAUCUCCUUAACCUGCUUUAGGCCUUUAGUUUCAGUGCUAGAUGGAGGGAUCUGAACUCCUCCUCGCCUGCUACUUACACCUCUGGAGUGAACCUUAAUGGAACCCUUGGGAAACCUUUCCAUCACAGACGUGGGCUGCGACAGGGAGAUCCGCUUGCCCCAAUGCUCCUCAUUCUAGCCCUCGAGCCACUGCAGUGAAUCUUUGCCAAGGCUACUGAAUGUAGACUUCUUUUGCCCGUCAUGCAUACAGCAUCGAAGAUGAGAGCCAGUUUCUAUGUGGAUAAUGCUGCCUUCUUUUUAAUCCCUUGCAAGAAUUAAGUCAACAAUGUCUCUGCUAUCCUGAAUUUUUUUUGGAUCAGUCUCUGGCCUCAAGAUAAACCUAGCUAAAUGCGUGGCCUUUCCUAUCAGCUACCAGAGCCUGGAUCUCGGAGAUAUUCUCUCUGGAUUUGGUGGUAAACUGGGGUCCUUCCCCUGUAGCUACCUGGCUCUCCCUCUUGGCACUAUAGAUCCCUGCACAGGUUUAAUUGUCAGCCUCUGCUGGAUAAGUAUUCGACCAGACUCAAACCGUGGAAAGGCGAGCUUAUGUCCAGGGAAGGACGCCUGGUCUUGGUCAAUGCGGUACUCUUGGCCCUUUCUACUUACUUUCUCACAUUCCCUCAAAGUGGUUGAUCAAAAGGAUUGAUAAGACCAGACGCACCUUCCUUCCUCUGGUGUGGUGAAGAGAGUGCACAUGGCAGUAAAUGCCUUUUCAAUUGGACAAAAGUAUCUUCCCCGAAGGAUUAUGGUGGUCUUGGCAUCAAGGAUCUUGAUCUGCACAGCCACGCCUUGCGACUCAGGUGGCUAUGGUAGAGCUGGGACAACUCUGAUCGACCAUGGAAAGGUUUCCCAGUUCCUUGCAAUGAGACUGACAGGCGCCUUUUUGCUUCUUGCACCGCUAUCAACAUCAAAACUGGCACACUAAAAGACCUU